GGUCGUGCUGGAAGAAAUGGACCUAAGGGACAUCCAGGACCUCUGGUAAGUUUCAUGGUCACUGACUUAACAUGCUCAGUCAGAAAUCAAGCAUCAUUGGCCAAUGCAAAAAGAAUAUAGUUUAUUUAAUUUAAAUGUAGAUAAUUCAAGGUUAAACCGAACAUUCAGUUUAAAUUAUCUUAUGCUAACAAUGUGAGUGUUGGAGGAAAGGAAAGGAGGUUUGAGAUUUUUCAGUGGUUGACAUACUCAGAACCAUACCCUUGCCUCUUGACUAAUUGAGUACUCAUUAUUUUACAGAGAAUUAUCACAAACUUUCUUUUUCUCUGCAAAAUGGGCUCAUUACACUCUGUUUAUAUGACAUGCUUUUGAAAUUCAUGGCAAAUUGUUUGGUUUUAAUGUAAAUGCAACCCAGAAACUUUUUCUUUCUAUAUUGAUUCUACACAGUUACUAAAACAGGGAAUGACCUAAAAUGACCUAAAAUGAUUUAAAAUGACCUAAAAUGACCUAAAGUGAUUUUUAAAAUGACCUAAAAUGGCUUGAGUGACUUGAACAAUGACCUAAAACGAAAUAAAAACCUUAAACACAGGUGUCCCAAGGUCACUGGAAACCACAACUGACACACAAGAUGUGAGUUAGUUCUAUUGAUUUUACAUAUAAAAUGUGUAUAUCUCAAAAUAUUAAUUGUUAUAAUUCAACCAUAUUUCAUUCCCCAUAUUAUUCCUUAUAACAGCUUCAAAUUCUUCAUAGGAUCAUCUUGUAACCCCAACACCAACUCACACAAUGCAUGAAGCUUUCUUGAAUUAAUCAUUUGCUUUUUCCAGAGACAUGAGCUGGGGACGUCUGUGCCUAAAAUAACUUUCACUGAUGUCUAAGAUGACCAGAAAUAAAACUAACCUUGACUGAUGUGUAAAAUAACCAAAAAUAAGGUUUAAGUCUAGCUAAAAAGAUCCACAAUAGCUGGUAGUCACACAAUGAUCCGUAAGUACUAAAACAUGGAACGACCUGAAACCACCUAAAACCACCUAAAACCACCUACAACCAUCUACAACCACCUCAAAAAUUUCAACAGCCACUCGCAAACUAUCUAAUACCAUCUAAAACAAGGCAUGAAUGUCUUAAAUAAGGAAAAACGAUACACAUCAUGUACAUGAAAUAUGAGAAUCGAACGAAACCUCCACCUCCCCCUGAAAUCUUACUCCCCCUGGUCCCAUGUAUAAUCAACCAUCUCACGAAAUAAAAUGCAAGAGCAUGCCAAUUAUAUUUUUUAUUACCUCAGUGGUAAAAGGCCUAAAGAACUUUACAAAAUGAACUAUCAAGUUACAAAAAGUAACAAAGUAAAAUAACAAACUCGUAGUCAAGACUGAUUUGCCUUGGCUUUUUCUACCCUGGGUACCAGCAGAUGUUUUGGCUCACGUCUAGAAAAAGUAUGAGUAAGAAUGAUUAUUAGAAAUAUUUCAAGCAAACUGUACGUACAUUUGGAAUCUUCUUUUGGCACUAUUGCCAUCAUGCUGGCAUUCAUACAGCAUUCAGUUGUAUGAGUGGUGCCACUUACACAAUAGUGACUCACAUUUUGCUCCAAUUACAUUUAAAUUGCUGAGAUUAUAAAUGGAGAAAAACACUACUUUGGACCAUUACAUAAUCAAAUGAAGCGUGAGCCAAAGCGUCGGCUAGUAAAGUUCUUUAGGUCUUUUACAAAUGAGGUAAUAAAAAAUAUAAUUGGCCUGCUCUUGCAUUUCAUUUCGUGAGAUGGUUGCUUAUACAUGGAACCAGGGAGAGUAAGAUUUCAGGGGGAGGUGGAGGUUUCAUUCGAUUCUCUUAUUUCAUGUACGUGACGUGUUAUCAUUUUGCCUUAUUUAAGACAUUUAUGCCUUGUUUUAGAUGGUAUUAGAUAGUUUUAGAUAGUUUUAUUGAAAUUUUUGAGGUGGUUGUAGAUGGUUGUAGGUGGUUGUAGGUGGUUGUAGGAUGUUUUAGGUGGUUUUAGGUCGUUCCAUGUUUUAGUACUUACCCACAAGGAUCUAAGGUGUUCUAAGUGAUUAAAGUGGCAUACUGUUAAGUGAAACUGAGAAGGAGUUCUGUUGUAUAUUGCUGGCAAUUACUAUUUUUUUAAUUGUUCUAGUAAAGUUUAAAUGUCAAUUUAUGUCAUUUUAGUCAGCGUAGGUUACUUUCAAUCAUUUUAAGUCAAGACAUCAGUCAGGGUCUUUUUAGGUCAUUUUAGAAAUCACAUAAGGUCAUUUUUAGUCAUUUUAGAAAUCACACAAGGUCAUUUUUGGUCAUUUUAGGAAUCACUCAAGGGUCAUUUUAGGUCAUUUUAGAUCAUUUUAGGUCAUUUUAGGUCAUGUUAGGUCAUUUUAGGUCAUUUUAGGUCAAUUUAGGUCAAUUUAGGUCAUUUUAGGUCAUUUUAGGUCAUUUAAGGACAUUUAAGGUCAUUUUAGGUAUUUCUGGUCAUUCCUUGUUUUAGUAACUACCAUUGAUUCUAUCAGGGUGAUACAGGUGAACCAGGCAUAGCAGGACUACCAGGUGUAGAGGGUGAUCAGGUAAAUCAGGUGGAGCUUUUUUAUCUCAGCAUGGAUUGCAUAAUAGUAACUUUAUUGGCCAUGAUGCUUCUGGAUCAAUUAUAGUAACUUUGAUUUAAUGAACAAAAAUGUUAACAGGCCAUCAAAAUGAAUAUUAUGUAAAUUUUACAUCUUCAUAUGUUGUUGACUCAAAGAGUGAAUCAUGCAGUGUUUCCUAGUGUUUGUGUCUGGAGUAUUUAUUGACUUCUGUAGUGUGACCUUCAAGAACGUUCUAGAAGUAGCUGUGUCAUACUGAGUCAUCCCUCAAUCAAUAUGUAAAUAGAAUCUACUGUAAUGUUACGGAACACUCUAGAUCCUCAACUGUACCUAUAAAAGCCGAGCUUGUAACUAGAUGUAGCGAGUAGUUUAGUUGCUGGUAUAGCCCGUCAGAUAUCAAUAAAGGUGUAUCCUGCAGAAUACAAGACAUCCACACUUCAACUUCCAUAUUUUACUUGUCACUGUUUUCCUAGAUUUCAAAGACGCUUAUGAUUGACUAACUUAGGUAGACUUUGUGGAUAUAUAUAUAUUUUUCUCAAUCUGACCUUUGGCCUAUUAAAUGAAACUACUGAGUUAUUAUCGUAAGAUGUCAUUUAACAAAAGGGAAUCAGCUGAUAAGCCACAUAUAAAGUCAAAAUUACAUCUGUUUAAACAUUUAUAAAUAUUAGUCGAUCAAUUUCUAUUUUAGGGAGACCCUGGUGAUGUUGGUGAACCUGGAGAUCCAGGACCUCAAGUAAGUCUCUAGUAUGUUGUGCCUGAGGGUGUAUCAGCUCUGCUGGUAGCUAGAUAUUGAAUUUGAGUCUUCAAACUUUCCAAUUUUGUUUGCACUUCUGUUUUGUGAUUUUCUGUUCACCAUAAGUUGACAGAGUCAGAAAAACACUAUGUUUUAAUUUCCAUAUGGCUCUCUAAAAAUCAUGUGCAGUGUCCACAAAAUGCUGUGGGUCAUUAUACAUGAUAGACUUUUUUGGUCAAUAUAGUAAAUCUCCAGCUGACUAGUUUAUUUAAUUUUUUUUUAAUGAUUUCAAGAAAACUAAAAUAAUUACAAUAUCAUGUACUCCUGGCCUUGCACUGUUUUUUUGUUAAUCUCAAAUCAUGAAUUGAUAGGGGUUUCAAGGCUCCCGUGGACGAAUGGGUCUGACUGGAGCAUCUGGGAAUCCUGUAAGUUAUUAUUAUAAUACAUCUGGGAUCUGAACUGUGUAAGUUUACUAAAUCAAUAAAUAAAUGUAAGUAUUAUUUUAGAAAUUUGUUUUCCUCUUAUUUCAUCAUUUUACUCCAUGUCAGUCUUAAUAUUAGAUCAGUCCAGCUGGGAAUAAAUCCUGCAUUCAUGUGGGAUUUAUUCUUUUCACAGUGGGAGUUGGUGUUGUUCAGCCUUGCUCAACAGCACUGCAAGGUGAUGGAUUUGGGAAGGAUUGAAAUUGUAUGGCAAAUACAUACCGUGUUAGUGAGUAAUGGAAGGGAGAAAUUGAAACAUAACUUGUUGCCUUCCCCAAGAAAAGAUAAUGGUAGGGUUGGUGAGAAAUGAAGUGCACAAGAAGAGUAAUUGAAUAAAUUUUACAUAUUAAACAAAAUGAAAAGAAGAAGAUUGAGAUGGUUUAUAUUUUGUCAAUUGAGCACCAAAUCACUCUUGAAAAGGAGAGAUGGAUUGCUAAAAUGGGGUUAAUUAUAAGUAAUAUUUCAUGGGUGUGACAAAAAUUACCAUGACAUUGAUGGUCACCAUGAUGGUGAGCAUGAUAAUAGUUAAUUGAUAUUCAAUCAUAUUAACUCUACAGGGAGUUCAAGGACCCUCAGGUUCCAGGGGAGUUCAAGGAUAUCAGGCAAGUGUUUGACAAAAGAUCUCAGAUGUAGUGCUUAGGUGUUAUGGUGUAACUUUUAAAGAGUUUUGAAAGGGCUUAUGCCUGGAAUUGCUCACAUUUAAGGACGGGGGUUUAUAACUUUUAUCAGCAAGCUGUUAGAAAAACAUAGUGAAUUUCACAACACAAAAAAAUUACACAAUUUUUUCUUAUCUACAUUUCAUAAGGGUCAUCCAAUGCAAUUGACAUUGUAUGAUGUUUGAAGACAUUAAACAUCUCUUCUCUAUUCUCUUAUUCAUAGCAAAGUGUUUAAGAAUAACAACAACUUGACCCAUAUUUUGCAGUAAAAAUGAAUAGCCUUCCUGUUCAGCGUUUGUGAUACACUUCCUUGGAGAUAUAAAUUGACCAGAGAGAAAAGUGUCUUUGAUUGAUAUGAUUAAUUAAAUAAAAUGAAAAAUUAAUUAAUAUUGAUUAAUUCAUUGAUUAAUAUGCAUCAUUUAGUUUUGUUGUUUCUUUUGGUAAGUUAUGACAGGAAAUACUGAGCAUUUUGUGACAUGGUACCUUGUAAAGACUAACAAUUGAUAAUUACGCAAACAACUCACACAUCUCAAAAAAAAAAACACAAUUUGGCAGUGACUGGGACCAAGGUUUGACAGUGCACAAUAGUGGCAGCAAAACACAUAGCAAAGUAAUUGUUGGAGGGGUGGUAGCAACACAUCGAGCAAGUGAUGGAUAAUCCAGUAACAUGUAUGCAAUGAACCACACCUGGUCAAAAGCACAUCAACCAUAACAAAGGAAUAAAUCACAUGUCAUGUAUAGCACAUGCUACAGUGGGGUAAGAUCAAUAAUGAGGUUGGGACAGAGUUCCAUUCAGCCUACUCUGCAUGUGAUGCCAAUUGGCAGGUGGAUACCUAAGCCUGUAGUCAAGCUUAGCAAGGAGAGGUGUGGAAAAUAUUCACAGCUUGCAAAGAAACCUAGGGUACAAAGAGCUAUAUUCCCGACAACUACAUAUCUCUUGCUAAAAGAGUUUAAGGACUGUACUUUAAUUUACAAACCAAGCCUUUUUCACUUGGAAUUAUGGCCCAAGUGCAAAGGUAAGUUAUAUUUGUUUCAUCAUUAUUAUAGGGUGAUCGUGGAAAGCAAGGAGAAGGAGGAAACCAUGGAAAAAGAGGAGCUAAGGUAAAACAAAAUUAAUUGAAAGUAAAAUGCACUUGGUAAAUUAGUAGCUAUCAUUUUUUAAGAGGAAGUACAUAGAACAAUCACUCCAUAUCACUCCAAACAAAACAGACAUGAAGGAAAUAUACUUUGUUCCUAUAUACAGCUACAGCAUAUAAUUUACAGAGUUUAAUUGUUGAAACAUUUUAGUUUUUUUACUUUCAAGAUGGGUACUAAAUAGUGCACUACUUUGAUAAGGAUUGCUAGUUAGAGUUUAUUUUGCCAUAGAUAGUUUUUAACAUUUUUGUUUGUUAAAUUUAUAGGGAAACAGAGGAAGUACUGGGCGCAGUGGCAUGAAAGGCAAAAAGGUAAAGGGUAAUUAAAACACUUUACCUUGGCACUACAUGGUCAUGACUUCUCUGGCUCGAUUUGAUGAGAAACAAAAUAUCUGUAAUUGAUUUCUGCACUUUUGAGAUGUGUUUAAUGUGUAGUCAUUAUUCAUGAAGUUCUACUAAGUACUGUUUUUAAGUUUUGGAAAGACCAUUUCUUUGCAAAAAUAUAUUUUUAAAAUUUUCAGGGUAUUUUAACCCUUUCCUCUUUUUGAGGUACCUUCAUUUUGACCAACCAUUAUGUCAUAGGGAAAUCCAGGUCCACUUGGCCCUAAAGGAGAGGAGGGUGAAAAGGGCCAUAAGGUAAGAAUUCUAACUUUUUUUUAGGCAAUUCAUUUAUUGCUUUGUUUUAUCAUUUGUAGGAUCACAACUAUUGUAAGAAUAAUACACACCACACAUUUUGUGCAAACAUUAUUGAUAUGCUGCACAUACAUCACAAGUGCUCAAUUAUCACCAUAAUUGUUGUUAUAGUAUUCCAACAAUGAUGAAAAUGACUCAAGUUAUUUGUUUCUAUAAAGUUCUCAAUUGUUACAAAUUGUUUAAUGUUUGUUCAUGCAUAGGUAAGUCCUAAUUAUGUAUUAGCAAUAAAUUUUUAGCACUCCCUAAUGUAAGGACAGUUGUCUACCUAACCUCAAGUGGCUAUAAACUGUUGAACGGGAGAGAGGCUAGGGCUGACUUUGUCUUGAGACAAAUCUAACAAUCUUUGGUAUGCAAGUCAGUUUAAGAUCAUUAAAAUAAUUACUUGUGUCUGUCAUUCCAAGGAAAUCUCACCAUCAGACAGAGACUUUAAUACACUUCACAUAAUUUUUAACUAUUUCAAUUUCUUUUGUGAUCAUCACUUAAAGGGCAUUCCAGGUCUUGUGGGAUCCAGAGGUGCACAUGGUCCUCCAGGAGCACAGGUUAGUAAGCAGAUCACCUAUUCUUAGCUAGUUACAAAUACAUGGGGAGAACUGAGGCAGAAGGAAUGUGAAAACUUUAUAACAUUGGCAAAACAAAAUGUCAUAUGUUGAAGAAUGUUAUAACCUUUGACAGGGUCCUCCUGGAGAUCCUGGGCAUAAAGGAUCAGCAGGACUUCCUGGUCACAAGGUAGGUAGUCUGAACUCAUUCACUUUCAGUUCAAUGUGUGGGUGCAUGACCUCAGGCACACCUCUGCACAUUGUGCCUUAUUGGACUUGGAUCAACGCACUGAGGACAUACUAUUAAAAUUCUGUGCAUGUGGAAAGUGUAUUGGUUUGCACAUAAUUGACAUUAGCAUUGUUUUGUGUUGAAAACUUUGGUUCAUUUUAUUUGUGUUGAUGGAACACAAAAAAGAAGCAAAGCAGUAAUAACUUCUCACUAAUCAAGCAUGAGGGCUGUACUGGGGAAUAUUGGCCCUUGGUCAUGGCAUUAAAGACUAAGAGGUCCCCACAAGAAUAACAGAGGGCCAUUAUUCCUCAGCAGGGCUCAAGCAAGCAAGUUUAUAGGGCACUCACCAAACAUUUUUACUUAGAAUUUUCUGGCCUUCAUGACCAAAUUACAUGGUUUAUAACAAUCUGGGUGGAAACUGUCUGUUUGGUAAAAUAUGACUGUACUUAGUAAGAACCAAUCAGAACACUCAGAUUUACCUUGCCAUGUAAUGACAUGAUUUAUGUUAUACCUUCAGGGAAUGCCUGGAAAGCUAGGUAAACCAGGAAUCCCUGGACAGAAAGGCAGUGAGGUUAGUAAUUUUUACUUUACAUUAGCUUCUGAUCUUGAAUUGUAAGUUUGCUCAGCCUAACAUUUUGAAUUGCAAAUCAACAUUCACUUGUUUGAUAACUGUUGUCUUAUUCCUGUCACUCAAAUGAAUCUGAGUGGUAAUGAGAGGAAAUCCCUUCAACUUAUAACACCUUGUUUAAUCUUGCCUGAGUUAUUGAGUAUUCACUCCUACCUUGAUUUUUCUGUUAGUUUGUAAUAGUGCUCGGACUGAUUGGAGUCCAAUUUGGUCUUUAAUCAUAUGAGUGAUUUGUUUAUCACAAGUAAGAUUACAGACCAAAUUGGACAACAUGAAGUCUUAUUACCAAUUAAUCAUAAAAAUUGUGAUUUCCAAGGAAAAAUAGAAUAGCCAAGUUAUAAAAGAAAGGGAAAAUUUUGAUUUAAACUACAUUUUUGAAUGUGAUUGGUUGAUUUAAACUACAACUUUGAAUGUGAUUGGCUUAUUGAACUGUCCAAUAACAGCUUUUCAAGUGAGUUAGUGGAAAGUUGGAAUUUUAAACCAAUCACAAUUGAGGAAAUUGUAAUCUUUAAGGUUAAAGCAGUUAUACCUUUACAGAAUUUUAUGCCUACAUGGUCAAACAUAUGUUAGUUUUUCUGUCAAAUUAUACAUGUAUCUAUAAUGUAAAAAAGGAUAAUUCUAUUUGAAGGGUUCUUCUGGUGAACUUGGAUUUUAUGGCCCCAAAGGAAACAAGGGAGAUAAGGUGGAGUAUUUAAGCUUUCUUAUACUUUUUUAUUUGCUAUCUGUCUUGUUAUUUGAUCAUAAACCACUACUGAUAACAUAAAUUACCAUGUCUAGGGGGACAGGGGUCGCCGUGGUUUCCAUGGAAAACGUGGAGUAAGAGUAAGUUUCUUCAUGAGACAAAACAUUAAUUUCUCUGCUUAAUAGUUUGCUAGCACGUGUGGUAAUCUGAAAAUAAAAACUUAUGGGAAUCUGCUAUAGUGCAUUUGAAAGCUAUGUUAGUCCUCAGCAGCAUAUGUCCAAUGUGGGGUGUUUAGCUAACACUGUAGGAUGGAGCAUGAAAAGCCAUGUUUGUACUCUAUCAAAUUCAGAAAAUUAAAUUCAUACUAAAGAACUGUAUUAACUGCAGAGCAAGCCAUCACAUUUGGACUUAAUGGAGAGCAAGCUAUCAACAAGGCAUUUACUUAUAAGCCUAUAUAAUGUUUUUUUUUCACUGUUUGCUCAGGGAGACUCUGGGAAGAAAGGUAGAAGGGGCUACAAUGGUUUAAAUGGCGAUAAGGUAAAAUGUGAUUUUGAAAUUUAAUAGUAUUCAUGUCUGUGCCCAAUUUUGGACAAUUCAAAGUUCCCCUUUCAUGUUCUUACUUUAGACAUGUGUUCAUUUUGUAUUUUGAACGUAUUCGUUUUCAGGGAUCAUCUGGAAGGAUUGGAGAAGCAGGACCACAGGGUCCACUGGUAUGUUGGCAAAAAAGGAACUUGUUAGUGUGAGACCAAACGAUAAUAAUUUUGUGAAAUGCUUAAAAAACAAAACUUUAGCAUUUUUAACACCAGAUAAUAAGAUAUAUGUUCCUCAGGUUGAAGAAAUAAGUUUCAAUUGCAUUUUAUUGCCCCUAAAAUUAAAGAACAGCUGGGAGUCAGGGCAUAUAUUUACACUAAAUAUUACGAACAAAACGUACGGUAAUCAUACUUUCAUAGCUCGGUGGUUAAUUCCUUUAAGUGUUAAAAUACCACACAAUACGUAAAAUUUCAUUUCUAUUAUUUUACCCCUGUUACUGAAAAUACAGUUGCAAAGUACUUAGAAUAUUUUUGUUAUCGUUUUUUUUUCUAUUCCUGACAUCGAUAUAAGAGUUCAGAUUUUAAAGUGGUGUAAGUUGUUGCAAUAAUCAUUAGAAAGUUCAUUUUCAUGUAAUUACUUCUUAUUAUGAACUCUCGUAUGACAUGAAGUUUUAUUUCUCCAAGGGAACACCAGGUGUCCAAGGAGUUAUUGGUAGUCCAGGAUUAAGAGGACCUCCGGUAUUAAGUUUAAAUUUUCUGUUAGUUUUAAGAAUCCGGUGACAAAAUGUUUUUAAGGAGAACAAUUUUACUCAAAUCAACAAGUCGAAUUCACUAUCACUGAAUUGUAAUUAGUUUGUAUCUCUAAACUCAUGAUUUGCACAUUUGAUUUCAGGGACGUCGUGGUCCUAAUGGCACAGUUGGCGUAAUAGGAAAACCAGGGCCUCUGGUAAGUUAAUGAUACCUAGGAACCAAAGCAAACCUGUUCAAAGUCGCAAAUAGGUUACUUUCCGCCGUGCUUCUUUUCAGCAAAAGAUAUAGAAAAUAUGGUAAGAACCGUUAAACCCCUUUGCUGAGUGUGUCAAAGAUGUUUUUACCAUAUUCUGACGUUAUCAGACUCUUUAGACUACAAGCCGUCCCUCUUUUUCGGCGAAGUUCGUCAAAAAACUAUAUAUAUACAGUGAAAAAAAAUUAUGUUAGCGCGCGGUGUAUGAGGUGGGACUGGUUGUAGACUACUGACUCAUGGCAAAAAUGGAAUUUAUUUGUUUUGUUCAACGAAGAGGAAGUUAGGAUUUGUGCUUGAAUUUUAGCGAUUUUUAGCGAGCUCUGCAACUUUUUUCACUUUUAUUUUGUUGUUGUAUGUGGUGUCCAUAGGGUAUCGAAGGAAAGCCUGGCGAUCAGGGAGCACAUGGCCCAAAAGGAGAGGAUGUAAGAAAUUUUCUAUGUCAGUUGCUGGAUCUCAAACGUCUGAAUACCUCUAGGACUGAGGUCUUUAAACAUGUAUGCCGUUUAUCAAUUUAAAAAUGGUGACUUGCUGGCGCUUGAAUUGGACUGUGGCAAGAGCGCGCCGAGUUAGAGUUGCACAGUUCCGCAUAUUUCUUUGGAGGUAUUUUAGAAGCAAUUUAUUAAGUCUGACUUAAAAACUAAUGGCCGCAAAAUCUGAAUCAAUAGGGUCCUGCUGGAAUAGCUGGAUCAGUAGGAGAAGCCGGGCCCCAAGGAUUGCAGGUGAUUUUAUGCAAAUUACCUUAUAGUAUUCCACCUUUCUAUAGAAACAUAUAUAUAUCAUUGGAUCUGUCUUCGUGUAUACUACUCUAUUUAGUGCCCCCUUCAACUCUUUGCUUGUGCUUAAGUUAUUAUAACUCUGCUGUUUUCUAUUUUCAAACGAAAACAGUUAAAAACACAGUUGAGGUAAAAAAAAAUUAUUUUCAUUUUUUACCUUAGGGUGAAUUAGGGCCAAAGGGAAGUCGUGGAGAAAUCGGAGAGCCUGGAAAACUGGUAAGAUAUCGGGAAUUGCUGUAUGUGGAGUGUUCAUACAUAGCUAUAACAGCUCGUCAAUCUGCUUAUUGGUAAAGGUUUAUCGAUAUGAAAAUAGGUAGCAAAAGAGGUCGUAAGACGUUACUCUAGACUCAACUGCCUUUUAAUGAUAUUCAUGGGAUAUUUGUUAAGACAGUAUGUUACAUUGUGGUUGUAUCUGUUUGUGACUGCCUACUCCUAGGGCGCUGCUGGUCAUCCUGGAACUAAAGGCACGCACGGAAUUACGGUGAGAAAAGAACUAAUUAAUAAAUAACUAGAAAUGAUUAGCUAAGCACCUGGAUGAAUGGAUGCAAACCAUUGGAACUAAUCAAGCCAAUCCUUUUUGCUUUGCAACAGCUAGUGUAGCAGGAUUGUCAUAUUAAUAUUUUAAAGUAGGGUAUCUCUCUGAUGCCUAAAGUAAUAAAACCCUAUCAUGGUGUGUUCCUGGUUGGUGCAUGUCAGCCUUGACUUUCCUCCUAUACGAAGUCUGUUCCGACGGUUACUUUUGUCAAGUCCAAUAGGCUAAGUCGUCGCAAAAGUAACAUCUCUUUACGUGUUAGCUGCCACAGGACUCCUCUUAUGAAAUGACGUUACUAUUAAUUAGAUAGAUGCUAAGUUUAAUAAAAUCUGGUCUUCUUUUUAAUUUGUUCUUCUUUUUCGCAACUUGGUAGAUCUUUAAAAGGAGCAGAUUGUAUGAUUCAAAGCCAACAUCUUCCUGUGGCAUCUCAUGUAAAGAGGCAAUCGGACUCUUCUCCUCUUUUCUCCUCUCGGACCAGUCUCUCUUAAUGCUUAACUUGUCUUCACUUGUCUCUCCUAGGGAGAAAAGAUAAAGAAGAGUCCGACUUGCAAAUGCAUAAAGUUUUUGGACUCCCUUCCAGGUUUCUGUAAGCUCAUUAAAAUAUGUUACUCAUGUAAUUUGACAAUACUGAUUAAUGAAUUAAGAGUUAUAAAAGAAACACGCAGACUCUAAAUACUUUCCGAGAAUCGACCUUAAUUGAAUCCACAUCACAGGAGUUGCAUUCCCUGAAAUUAUUGCGGUGUAUAGGGAAAAGCAACUUCAUUUCCAAAUAUGCAUGUAGCGUGUCAUGACUGGAGAUUACACCUUGAAAGUAGUCAGAGUAAGCGCGACAGCUACAGGGACAAUGCUUUAAAAUCUGGGAGACAUUCAACACGUGGAUUCGUUCAUAAUGAAGUUGGACAAAUCAGUGCUAGAUCGCAAAUCAUACCGACGACAUUUCACGUAAGGAGUGGCUCAUGCAUCGCCCUAUGGUCGUUGAGAUUUGAAUCUCUUGAGAAAUUUGGAGAUCUCUCGCAAGAGAUGCUCUCGGCCAUGCCUCGAACAUCUCUUAGGCAUCUUUCGUACACUCCAAACAUCCAGCGUGCUGUCAAAUCUCGAUGAACACACGUUAACGCAUGAACUAAUCGUUAGGGAAGUGAAGCUUCAAGUGAAAUUGCCUGCCUGUUUGGGAUUGGUAGAUCUUUCUUUUUUCUUCAAGAAUUUUGAAUUGAUGUUUGAAAAUAUUCUUUGCAGGGGCCAGACGGUGUUGAAGGGGGUGAAGGGCUCGUCGGUGACCCAGUGAGUAAAAGUACCAAUAUACCUCGCUACUUUGUUAUCAAGUGGAUCCUAGAGUUUUUCAUUAUGGAAAGUGACUUUUAUGAAGAAAACUCUCAAAUGUUUUCAUAACCAUACACCAAGAUACAUAACUCUGAUUGUAGGUAUUGGUAUCCGUAUAUUUUUUUCUAGAAAAAGUCAUAUAUUGUUUUUCAAGAGAGAGAAGGAAUCAUAAUUUUCUUUCGAUUUUGAUUUUCCGACGGUAUUUUGCAGGGCGUCAAAGGUUCAGGAGGGAUUCAAGGGGUUAUGGGCAUUGCUGGACCUCAGGUAAACAAUUUCCUCUUUGCGGUAAACUGCAUGUGCUUGUUGUUACGUGCUUUUUUUCGUAAACAGUUGGUGUUUUCAUUACCAAGUCAACUUUUAAAGAUAAACAACCACUCUUAAAGUUUAAGCACAUUUUGUAGUUGAGUCAUCAGACAAUUGUUGUAAUACUGUAACUAUCGAUAUUGACUAUAGAUCCAUGAUCGUAGGGUCCACCUGGUCCAUUGGGAAAAUCUGGCCUGGAAGGGAGUGAAGGAGAACAGGUUAGUUAUACUUAGAACUAACAGAUAUGUUGUUUAGCGUAGCGUUAAAACAAUCAAUCCUUAACUCUCAAAAAAUAUCUCUUCUUUAAGGGAAAUGAUGGACUACAAGGCUUCCUAGGACUGCCUGGAACCGCCGGUGGAAAGGUUUGUUGUUGAAAUUAGUUUUUAAAAACAUAUAAUCCUCGUUGACUUGUCUUAGUGGAUUCAAUGCUAUUAUAUCUCAAUAGGGAGACAGUGGUUUGGCUGGACAGAAAGGUCCACCAGGAAGUCAGGGACCUUUUGUAAGUAAAGUGUUGUUUAAUUUGUACUGAGUAUAGUAGCGCAAAUUAUUAAGUAAGAUACAUCUAGUGAGCUUAGUUUCAAGCAAUAUUGUAGCUGUCGUUGAUAUGUGCUGUUGGAACUUAAUUAUGCGAAUCUUACUAGAUAUUUUAUGUUUGCUUGAUUGGGUCGAGGUUAAAUUGUCUUCGUAUAGAGCGUCUAUCGUCAUAGCGGUCUUUUUAUCCAAUGGUUUAAUGGCCUUCUUCUUGAGUAUUUUUUAGUCUCGAAUUGACAUAAGAGAGAAGAGUUAAAACCGAGGAUAUCUUAGUCAUGGACAUUUGUUAUCAUAAUAGUUUUGGUCUCACCGAUAGGGUGCACCAGGACCACCUGGCUUGGAAGGAGCCAAGGGAACAAAAGGUUUUAAGGUACAGUUCAGAAAUUAGAUAUUGUGGAAGUCUAGCAUCUACUGUUAAAGGCAAAAUUCAAAUUCUGACUGUCGUCAUCUCAGCCAUUUAUGCUUCUAAACAAAAACGUUUCCAUAUGCUGUUAAUAAGAGAUUUUUUGGCUAUUUUCCUGUAGGGUUUAUUUAAGAAUUAUUGUUGAAGGGAGUAAAAGUAGCUAAUCUUCGUCGUUUCCGUUGAUGUCAUGUUUGCAUUUAUUGUUUACUUCCUUUUGGUUUGCAAGCCUGUUGAAAAUCCUUUGUUAGUCACUUUAGUAUCGCUGUUCGUCUUCAAGAGAUUAACGUUAUGAAUUAUCCGGCUUAUAGAAAAAUAUCAUGAUUAGAGUCAUAGCCUUCAUGCUUUUUAAUAGAGAUAACAAUUUCAAUACCUAUAGGACAGAGAACUAGAUGUAUUUGUUUUGGUUUUCUGUCAGGGUGAGAGAGGUUCACCAGGACCAAAAGGGCCUCAAGGAGAUCAAGGGCCAAAAGUAAGUAGUUUUUUAUAAUAACAUUGUUUCUUUUGGUUGGCUUUUGUUUUGCUUUGUUUUGUUUUGUUUGUUCUUUUUGUAUUUGUUGUUGUUCAUUCUUAAACCUUUGGAUUUCAAUAUAAAAAGGGAACUGGUGGAGAACAUGGAGUACCUGGAAUUCGAGGAAAUCUGGGUAAAGAGGUAAUAUGAUGUCAUCAUUCUUUCACGAAUUAAGUUUGGUUUGUUUUAUUCUUCAAGUUAACCGUGGACUUAGCGUUUGAUUUGGUAUUGUUCUUUCGCUUCAGGGUCAACCAGGACUUGUUGGUUUACGUGGUGUUCAGGGAAUGAAGGGAUCAGAGGUCAGUUAAAUGUUGCUGUUUCUUCUCUGUCGUAGAAAAAUGAAAAUAAAUAGAUACAAAACUACACUAACACAAACUUCUUUAUUUCCUUGAUGUUUCUUCCAAAGGGCGAAGACGGCAUUGCUGGUUUAUGGGGAGAUCCUGGGAUAAAGGGUCACGAGGUAUGUUUAAGCGAAUACAAUUUUGUGAUUUGGGUAAAACUGACCAAUGUAACGCUUUAGUCGAAACGAGAAGAAAAUAACUAAAACAUAAAUACUGAUAAAACCAUAAGAUUUCUGCAGAUAAGUGUGUUGUAUCAUGUCAGUUAGGAAGAUCUCUCUAAGAUCAGUGAAAAUUGUCCACGAACAAAAUUGAAGUGAUUGAAUUGGCCAAAAUGCGAGAUGCGAACAGAGACUGUAAUGAUAGUAGUGGGUGCACCAGCACUUAUUGUUGCUUUCAAAAACGUUUUGGAGGAGUAAUCAUAAAAGGUAACGGAUUCAGUCUUUAGAUUUGUUAACUUCAUAAGAUCAGUUCACUUAGCAGUGCACAUAUUCCCCACAUAAUUACGUAAUACCUUUCUAUUUCUGUGUUUGAUAGGGAACACCGGGUUUACGAGGACAUCCGGGUGCCAUAGGUGACAUGGGCCCAGUGGUAGGUAUCUGGCAUGUUAUGGUUACAAACUCUUUGAGAGAAUUGUAUCCCUGGUACAAAGAAAUAAUGUCUAGUUUCUAAUGCUAAAGGCGAGGUUAGCUCGGACAAUAAUAUAUGAGGUGUAUCGCAAAAAAUUAGAUUCGGAGUUCACACAAAACUCUAAACGGAUACUUAUUAACUCUUGGUUAUCUUCGUGAGAGAGAUGCAUGGUUUCCACAGGUCAGGAAAAAAUCAGGGGAAAAUAAAUCUCUUUAAAGUCAAGAAAAAUGGUCGAUUUACGACGAUAAAUUUGAUUUUACGUGUAAACUAUUCAUAUUUCGAAAUAUUUAUCGUUGUAAAUCGACCAUAUUUCGUUCUCCAUACUAUUCGUUGUAACGUGUUCAAAUUCUCAACGGUUCCUCUCGUAACUUAACACCGAGUAACACAACGAGUGACACUGUACACUGUAAGCAGCGACUUGCUAAAAGCAUAAAUUCAUGGGUGGAAAGGAUGGCUGUGAGGGGUGAUUGGGGACCAUUAUCAGGACUUAUUUCUGAAAUUGUCAGUUCAGUUAGUCAGAGAAAUUUUACAUUUGGGAAAAAUCAGGAAAUUUCAAAAACCUACUACUGUUACAACCAUGAAGAAAAUUGAACGUUAUAUUCUUUUAGUUGAGUUUUCCGCAACAAUAACUUUGAUAUCAUUAUCCUCUAGAAUAGUGAGAGUGGUGCUCGUGGAGAAAUGGGAGAGGAAGGCGAAAUCGGGGAGACGGUAAGUAAAAAACAUUAUUCUUGUGAUGUUGUAACGUAAUCAUCUGGAGAAAUGCACAGUGUCAUUGUAAUAGUAGCAUUAUGUUUGGCUGCAUUUCAAACUGACUUUCAGCUUAUUUCAUUUAUUCUUAGGGAGAAGACGGAGAGAAGGGAGAUAGAGGAUUUUCUGGAAAAAACGGAAGAGCGGUUGGUCUUCGCUUUUGGCUAAGUUUUAAGGUUUUCUCUGGUGUGACAAUGUUUUGCUGGACAGGAAAGACAGAAACUAUCUCAGUCUCAACGAUACUACUUACCCUUUCUCAAUUCGAGCUUAUCCAAGAGAUUUUCAGCUUCUAAAGUGGUAUUUGACCUGAUGAGAUAUUUGUCGGAAGAAGUUCCAAAUAGUUCAUGUUGAAAUUUAGAGUGAAUUAGCCCCAUAAGGCAACAUACCUGAACAAUUGUCAAACAUUUAAAUUGAGCGAAAAUUUGUAUUUAUUGUGGAGUGAGGGAAUGAAGACUGAAACAAUUGGGUGGGGUGCUGGAGGCGACCUUUGUGUGCGUUAGGUUGGAGAGCUACUUGUAAGUUGAAUAGUGAAUAUUGGCUACGGAACAUAUUCUUCUUUAUUGAGUAUGAGCAACCAUCCCUUCUAAUUUCUUUGAAUUUUUCGUAUACUUCUAGGGUUCCUCUGGUGAGAAAGGACUGCCUGGUGAUCUUGGCGUGCCUGGAGUAUCGGUAGAUAUAUAACAGAUUAUAACAACCCCAUCAAAAUGCCCUCGGAUUUCAAUUUGAUCCUUGCUAUUUAAUGUUAAGUACAUGCACUAAAUGUUUUUAUACGGUAAGCUGAAUUAAACGCGAAUUUUGAUAUGUUCUUACUUAUGAUCCAUCGGAGUACAGACUCGUAGAUGAGACGCUAUGAGACAAAAUUUUGUUUUUUUAAUAUAAAGCGAAUGAAUUGCAUGUUGCCGUGGGUCUGUAUAUAGUAAUAGAUCAUAGAUGAUGUCAAAGUGAAGUAAUAACUUCUUCGUGUCUCGCACCUCGUGUGCCCUUUUUUUUUUUUUUUUUUUUUUUUUUUUUUUCAUUCUUACCACAUUUUGAUUUCAUCUAUAAUCUAUUACUGAUCAGGUCAACAUGGGUCUAUUUGUAAUUGGACUAGGCGGUCCUGUACAAGGAAAGACAAUGAAAGAAUUAUGUUGAAGGUAAAGGUAUGCAAAAGUGAGUUUUUGUUUCUUUUUCUUUCAGGGAUUUGCAGGGCCACGCGGGGAAAAAGGACCUAGAGGCUCGACAGGAGGUCAGGUAAAGUUCCUAGUGCCUAGUUGUGAAACCGUUUUUUUUUUAUGUGUAGGAGAAAUUCUUUAACUCCGUAGGUUUUAAAGACUUGUUUACCUUUACCUUUUUACUUUCAUUUGCAGGGCUUAUCUGGAGCCCCAGGCUCUCCUGGAGAUACUGGAGUCAUUGGUCAUGGGGUAGGUAGAACUACUUCAAUUGCCGAUUUAUGAAAUAUCCGAUACUAAACAUCACAUCUUUUUAACGUUUUUUGUAUUUGUAGGGACUUACGGGCCUUCCCGGUGAAAGUGGACGUAUCGGUGAUCCUGGAGGAGCGGUAUUUUGCUUACAUCAUGUUUACCAUUUUAUUCAAAAGUUAGAAGACUCCUUUGUAGCAAUAAAAACAGUUUUCGACUCUUUGUGUAUUUUGCGCUAACCCACCAAGUGUGUUUUAUCAUUGGCUCAUUCUAUAAGUUUUAUGAUGGCAGUUAUCAUAUGCAUUCCACCAUUUUAUUUUGAUUUAUUUUCAGGGUGAGCGGGGGAAAAAGGGAAAGGAAGGCAGGAAUGGCUCACCUGGACUCAAGGUAGUUUGAAUUUAAUCCUUUUUUGGGGUGAUAUAGUUUGCCUUUACUGACAAGAUUGUUGAUUUGCAAUUUGAGGGUCAUCGUGGAUCGAAAGGACAAAGUGGAGAGCCAGGGAUGAAAGGACCAACCGUAAGCAUUUCCACUACCCACUUUUCGUCUCCUUUUGGUUAAGUUCUUUGCAUGCCAAGCAUGAGAGAUUCCUUCUUAACUUACAGACAGUCAUUUUUUUUUUAUUUUCAGGGAGGUAAAGGAAACCCGGGUAGAAGAGGGGAUGAUGGAAAAAACGGUGAAAAGGUACCAUCUCAUAUGUUUUGUCCAGUCUUUGAGCGUUUAAUUUCCGAUCAAUCCAGUCAGUCAAUAUUGUGUUGUGUUUGCGAGUGCGGCAACUAACUCUCACAUUAGGGCCGUAAAUAUGAGAAAAAUAAACUGCUGCUCAUAAUAGACGCAAAGUUAUUGCAUGAAAAUAUUACAAGUUGACGCGUUUGCGUCUUACUGAAGGCCUGAUUGUGUAAAACGCGAAACAAACCGUGACAUGGUGACUUUCUUGAACAGCGCAAUGGUGCAUUCCUCCUUGCUAGCGCUUUGCUCACCUUCAGAAUUUGCUGAUUCCUCCGAGCUUCGAGCUCUACUUUCAGGCUUCAAGCUCUGAGGGAAUCACUUUUCCAGGCUAUAAUGAAAAAUAGGCAAAAGUGUCCUAGAUCUACAGGAGAAGAGCUGUGUUUAGGAUGUGUAAGGAAAACUUGGUUGCAAGGUGGUUUGGUUCUUGAGAUGGAAAGUAGCUGAUGAAAAGCUCUUCAUCCACGCCAUAUUAGCGAAACCAAUUUGUAUUAUACUAUGAGGGAAGAGCAGGAGUGGGUGAGCAUCAGUAUACCAUCUAGUGUCCCGUCAAUGACGUUCAUAAUAGUGUAUUUAUAAUAUUCCAGGGAGAGAGAGGCGACCAAGGGAGUCUGGGACCCUCUGGACAACUAGGGCCUGAGGUAUACACACAACCGAAAAGCAGAUAAUGUGUCAUAGUCUUUUAAAGUGUUUUACCAUUUGUAGAAUUUAGAAUUGUAAUUUUUUUCGGCACUCAUGCUGUGAAACACGCUGUGGUAAGUCCGAAGGUUCCAUACGAAAGUCCUAGAUUACAGAACUUUACAAGUGACAUUUUUACGUCCUAAAAAAAUCGAUAGUGAUAGAUCAUAAUAAAUGACAACGGUUUUUUAUAAGACAUUGUUUGUUAUGUUUUGUCAUUUCAAUUUUAGGGAAGCGUUGGCCCACCUGGAUUAAGGGGAAUGCCAGGUUCCCUCGGGCAACAGGUAAUUUAUUUGGCAAACCUUAUAUCUGGCAUAUUUUAUCCCCCUUUUAUAUGUUUUAAGAUUAAAGCAAAGUUAUGUUUAAGAAUAACAAACGUUGAUUGAACUACUUACAUCAGAUAUAUACUAUAUCCCCACGUAAACGUUGUUUUCUUUUGUUUCUCUUUGUUUUUAUUGUCAAAGGGAAAAAAAGGACUGUUCGGAUCAUUAGGAGAGACGGGGACGAUAGGUGCAGAGGUAAAAAUGGGCCAAUGGGCUGAGAAACUCUGAACAUUAAAUUAUCUGGUCUGCAAUACGUAAAUAAUUUUUCAUAAUAUUUUGAGGUUGAGGAAUGUUAGAUGAGGAUGUUAGAUGUAAAGUAGAUGAGGAUAUUAAUUAUGCAGUUUAUUAUCAAAAACUACAUUUUUUUUGACAGGGACUGUUUGGAGAAAGGGGUGCGCAGGGAGACCCGGGAAUGCGGGGCGAGAGGGUAAGCUUUUGAUAUUUACAUAGCUGAGAGGACUAAUCCGCGCCUGAGACUUUGAUUUGAAUGUUUUUCUUCGCUGUUAUAGGGUGAGAGAGGUAUUCCUGGGAAUAAGGGGGCUGUUGGACCGAAAGGAAGACAGGGUUCUGUUGGCGUCAGUGGAGAUCGAGGUCGAGGUGGCAAUGCAGGACAAAUGGUAAAUUUUACAAUAAUUAGCUAGAUUUAUACUUGAUUCACUUAAAAAUCAUUUCUUGACUGUUUCGAUUCUUUCCUACUUGUUUAAACCUUUUUUUUAAUUUCAUGAUUAUUAUUAUAUACUUUUUGUAUAGUAGAAACAAUUGCAUUUCAGUGUUUUUAGCCCAAGUUUGGUCACUACGAUUUUAGAAUUUGAAAUGUCCCUGUAAGGAAACUGAUGUUUGCAAUGAAUUGUAGGGCGAUCCUGGAAUGUCCGGUCUUCGAGGCAGCCCAGGUUCAGAAGGAAAUCAGGUAAAAAAUGUGACAAAUAUGAAGUCUCCGAUACGAAUAUCUUUAUUUACCCUAUUUUACUGCAGAAUAGUAUGGAAUGUGGAUAUGUUUAGUGUCUGACUCUGGGAUUAAAAAUUGAAUCGAAAACAGUUCUUUUUAGCUCUAGUCUUACAUUAUACGAUAAAUGUUACGUUUAAGGUCAAACCAUUUACUGCAGAGGUUAAUGACAUAUGUGCGAAGUAAGGCGUCGCAACUCCUCCUAAAAUAUGAUUCACUUUUUCUUUGCUCUCUUGCUUGUAGGGUCGAACUGGUUACGUGGUAAGUGUUUGUUAAUGUAAAGUUCAGAUUUGUUAAAGUAUAUUAGAUGUUAAUGGAUAAGCACUCAUUUGGUCGUCCCAUAAUCAUAACAUGUUCCUUUUUAUUAUUUACCAAAGUUUCUAUGUGAUCAGUUUUGUUUGCGUUCUUUUUGUCGCAGGGAGAAAAAGGCAUUCCGGUAAGACGAUUUCUUCUUUAUUAUGAAGAUUUUCUGUCCUUUUCUUUAAGAGAUAAAAAAUGCUUCUAGCUACAGGAAAGUAGGGCGUCAACUGAAGCUUUUCUUGUUAAUUAAGUGAUGGGUCUCAACAAUAUUUCCCAUUUUCUUUAGCCUGGGCGUAGAAGACAUUGGACUUGAAAGAUGCUUAAGCCUUAACUAAAAUACUUGACGACACCUUAACUUAAAAUGUUUUCUUUUUCUUCUUUUUAUUUCAAUCUCCAAGGGAACCUCAGGAUUAAAGGUAUGUCUGGCUUAUUUCUAAAUUUUAAUUUGAUGAAACAGAUCUUUAGACCUCAAUCGUGUUUUCUUUUCUUCCGUAGGGAGUGAGAGGAAUUGUGGUAAGUGACAGCUUCUUUACAAAUUUCUGUAGUUGCCUUUGUUCACAACAAUCAUCUGCGAGAAUAUGGUAUCAGUAGCGUUUAUCAAUGUACGAAGGGUUGUUGCGGUGUCCUUAAUAACUGUUAGAAGUAAGAAUACUUUUUAAGAAUUUGGCAUGUUCAGCACCGAAGAUGUUACGAGCUGCUGUGUGGCUCUAUACUUAGUUUGUUCCGAAUCUUAGUUGUUCUGCCUAUUUUUUCUAAGUUUGAAAGUGCAGUGGUAACAUCUUCAUCAGUAAUUCAGUCAACGUCUAAGUAUAAUUAAAUGCCUCAAACAACUUUUCCCCUGAGGCUGCAGAUCAGUUGAUUGGUUAUCGGUGAGAACAGUAAAUGAUGCGCCAGUGGACCAUUUACUUUUGUGUUACUUUCGGUCGGUACAUUCGAUCUCAGCCUGUGAGACCCUUCAUAUUAUAAAGUACGUCUAUGGAAUUUCUGAAAGGACUAGAUAGGAGCUGUAACUUUUUCCUAUUUUUAAUCCAUUUUUAGGGUGCAGUUGGUCUGCCGGUGAGUUUUUGAUUAAUGAUUAAGGAUUUAAUCUGAUUGAUAGAAAUGGCAAGUAGCUUAAAUUAGUUUGAAACCCUUAUUUCGUUCAUGACUCCUCGCUAGCUUGAGAUAUAGAGGUUACUUCAUGGAAAAUGCGCGCGUACGAUUUUUAUUCACGAGUUGUGUAGCAUCAACGAGUGAAUGAAAAUCGUACAAAGCAUUUUCCAUACUGUAAUGUGUUUAUUUCAUAGGUGCUGAGAUUUUUUUCGUGUUGUCUUUGGUAGACAAAUAGCACAAAUGGGGCGAUGAAAAGCGUAAAAAGUAGUUUAAAAAUUUCUCAACAACAAGUUUUUUGAGCGGUAUUUUUGUUUUCGUGUUCUAAAAUGAAUUCUUCAACUGAUUAAACAGAAGCGAACCUUCCCUCGGCCAUUUUUCAAAGCGCGCGGGUUUUGUGCAACGGCUCUCGCAUGACGUUCUCUUCAGUACGUUCAUUCAUCAUUAGUGAAAUUUCGUCGUUCGCGUUGCUGAUUGGACGAACGAUAAUUUUUCACGGUGAAAUUUUGUCGUUCGUACUCCUGAUUGGCUACAUUUAGAAUCAGUACGAAUUUUAUUCAGUACGAUUUUUGUGGGUAAAUCUCAGUACCUAUGAAAUAAAAAUCGUUCUCGAAUCUCUCUCUAUCAACCCUACCUACCCCUCCCUUCCUUCAGUCUCCUUUAUCCUCUCAUCGAAUGUAAUAUUUGCCAAGAAAUAUUGAGACAACAGUAAGGAAUUAAGUUGAUUCUCUUGCUCACUUUGGUAUUUUUUGUUUUACUUUUUACCCAAGGGCCCUCCUGGUCAGGUGCUGGGGUUUCAAAGAUUUACCCAGAAUGAUGACUUUGAUCAGGUAAUUUUUGAGAUGUUUGAACUCAGUUUCAGUGUUUAUUAUACUAUUUUCUUCUUUUUUACACUAUGAUUGUUUGGUAUCUUCUCAGGCAAUACAAAACAUCAAGUCUUUGCUAUACGUGUCUUCUACGGUGGAGAAAUACAAAUCCCCUUUAGGUACCAGAGAUAAUCCAGCCACGUCCUGCAAAGACCUUAUGUACAGUGACAACUAUCAAGACGGUGGGUGAGGAGUUCCUUUUUUUUGGUCAACAAACUGUUUCCGAAGCGUUUGAAAACUCACAAUUUGACGUAGACAGUCGAGCUUGAAUUGAGUAGGACCGUAUUUAACGGUCACCCUAUACGAAAUGGUUGGCUUCCAAAUUUCAAAUUGUUUUCCUCUGGAUUAGUAUAAUUUUCAUAUCAAACAAGCAGUCACUCACCUUUGACAGAGUCCUGUAGGCUUUUUAAUAUUGUUGAAAUCUCUCUUGAACGGUCACCAAACAGGAACCACUGAAAUGAAAUAAUUUUUUUUUUAAAUUUUUUUUAGUAAAGCAUUUCUUACGUUUACAUACAAAAUAGAAAUUAAGAAAGAAAAAAAAAGAGAAAAAGACACACGCACUUAUAGUACAAAUAGAAGAAUACCAAGCUAAACACUCACACAAAGCUAUUACAGCAAUGCAGUUACCUAGUAUGUAAGUUGCAAUGACAUCACUUUUAAACUAAUGAUGGAAAUUAAUCAUGACAUCGCUUAUUCGUAAAAACGCUUAUUAACCUUUCCCACUUUCUAACAUGAUAACUAAAUUUGUCUCUUUUCCCAGCAAUAUGGAGUUCGAUAUUAUAAACACGCCUUGUCCUGGCUAUAAAACCUUGAAGAGAAGGUAUACCAUUCUGGUAUUUCCGAGAGUAAAUAGAAAAUUACCUGGAAGCAAAAUAUGGUUAAACAGGAGAAAAUCUUCUGCAAUGUCGAACUUACUAAAAUGACAUCUUCCUCUUCAAGGUUAUCAACAGGAAAAGAGUAAAUGUUCUACGGAUUCAAUCUCUGAAAUCAUGAAUCCCUUUCUUAAGUAAUUUUGUUAACCGUACAAGAUUGCACUAAAUCAACGUUUGUUAUUUAAGUUCAAACGUCAUCACCGCAUUCCACAUGAUAUUGUUCUCUCAUUUCUCACUCAAACAAUUAUUUGAAAGUAGAGAAGUUACCCUCUUAAAAAAGAAACUGACAAGGCACUUCAAGGCUAUGACUGCCGCCUUGGCUUAGCACACUUGCUUUCAAUAAUAAAUUUUGGCAUAUCACGGCCUCUUUAUUACGUUUGAUCUCUAUUUUGUGGAACCUUCAUUAAAUGCAUAUGGUCGUUCAUACAUUCUGCGAGGGUGACAGUCUAGUACAGGUUCGAUUAAAAUAGUGUUAACCAUUUCUGGUACAGGUCAUUUCUGGAUUGAUCCCAACCUUGGAUGCCCUGCUGAUGCCAUUAAGGUAUACUGCAACUUUACCGCUGGAGGAGAAUCUUGUGUUUCUCCUCUUCAGGAUAAGGUAUGUUCGUUUUCUUCCAACAGGAAAAUUAGUCAGCAUCAGAGCACAGCCAGUUCUUGUGUAUACGGUUCUCUUGAGUCACGAUGUUUUUUUUUUAAUCAAGUCCCUGAAACUCGAGCUAUGUCUUUAUGUAAUCUACAGAUUCCGAAGAAGACCUGGAGAAAUGAUUCAGAAUCAUCGUGGCAGAGAUUUUCAAAUCUUAAACAAGGUUUUAAGGUAAUGACGGCAUAUCCUGUUCGCUGAUUAGCAAAAGUGCAACUGACUUCUUGCAUUUUCUUGAUAACAUUUUCUACUCGUUAAUUACCACCUGCUUGUUAAAGAAGCCUUCUCUCCACUAAUUUAUAGAUCGGCUACAAAGUCAGUAAAGUACAGCUUAACUUCCUGAGACUUCUCAGUACCAGGGUAAGCCAAACAAUAACAGUCAAGUGUAAGAGGGUUGUAGCAUGGUUCCACAGAGCAUCAAAAAGUCAUCGUUAUUCCUGGAUCUUUCAUGGAAGGGGAGGCUUCGACUUCACACCGACAAGCAAUCCAAAGCCAAAUGUUACUCGAGACUACUGCCAGGUAUAGACAAGUAUGAGUGCUGUUUUGAUAGCACAACUCAAACGUUGCACAGUUAGCAAGAUGAUAUCCAGUUGUUUUUUUACUAACACUUUUUUACUAUUUUUCAACAGCGCGAUGAUGGAAAGUGGCGCAGAACCGAGUUUAAGUUCGAAACUGACAAAGUUGAUGUUCUUCCUAUUGAAGACUGGACAUUCUUCCAUCGUGCAGUGGGAAGAGAACAGUUUGGUGUCAAAAUUGGACAAGUUUGUUACCGAUGAUAAAGAUUAGCGAGGAUAUUUGCAUCCGUGGAAGACUUAAUUUCUCGAAUAGAAAGCGACUGAACCAGUUAUCACUAAGUUGCUGUAUUUAUUUUUGUAGAAAAGGAACGUUAUUCCGUUCUCGUUUAUUUCUUGCCUGAAAUCAUAACUGUUACCGCGUGUUUUGGCGAUCUUCCAACUUAACUAACGACCGUCUCCUAACCGGAUAUGGUAGACUGGAAAUGCGUCAUUACAACGGAAAGGGCUCUGUACUAUUUAGCGUAAGAAACAGAUUAAAGGCUGAAAUGCCUUUUACUUACGAAACAUGUUCCCUCGACAUAUGUUGCUUUGAAACCCUGUCGAAGCUACCUUGAGCCAGUCAUUCUUAUUUCCAAGUUUCUGUUCAUUUUUUGCUCGGAGAAAUGCUCAGAAAAUGAGUUCUUUGACAUUUCAGGCUUCGUUUUGUUAUGAUUAUAAAAAAAGAAAACGUUGUAUUUUUAGCCAAACGUAUGGGCAGAAUUUUGUUUGGAAUCACAUUUGGAAAUGUAUUGAGAAAUAUGUGACUUUUACACUUAAAAAGCUGAUCGACGGGGCGAGUUUUUUAAGUGUUUUUUUUUAAAGUGAUACUUAGCAAUUUGCCUUCGUGGAUGCGACUGACCGGUUGAUCACGGUUUUUCUGCAAGUUUCUAGCAAGUCUUAAUAAAUAUAGUUUAAGGACUUUCAUGCGCCUAAACGCAUAUAACUUAAAACAUCUGCAGCUUUUAAAACGUUUGCAACUCUUUUGGGACCUCGCUAAUUCUCUUUUUUUCGUGCAAAGUAAAGCUUGCUUCACUGCGGCUUUUAUUCAUGUUAUUGAAUGAGCGUUAUUUCCGAUAAGAACUCAUGGCUGACAGUAGG